CUCAGAAACCUCCAACUCCCAGGCUGAAGCUCGCUCUCUCUCUCUCUCUCUCAUCCUCACCAUGAAGGUCUCCGCAGCUCUUCUGUGCCUGAUGCUCACAGUAGCCGCCUUCUGCAUUCCCGUGCUUGCUCAGCCAGAUGGGAUCAACAUCUCCACCUGCUGCUUUGAAACCCGGAAAAAGAAGAUCUCCUUGCAGAAACUGAAGAGUUACACCAGGAUCACCAGCAGCAACUGUCCCAGGGAAGCUGUGAUCUUCAAGACGAAACUGAACAAGGAGAUCUGUGCUGACUCCAAUCAGCAGUGGGUCAAGGACGCCAUCAAACACCUGGACAAGAAAACCCAAGACCCUUGAACGGCUUAUGCCUGAACAGAAACCAGGCAGGGACUGGAGGAGCAACUCAUCUGCAUCCUCUGUCCUUUUUUUUUUGAGAAUUACCCUGAGAUUAAUUUAUUCCAGUUCUAAGGAAGGGCUGCGAGUUGUGGUGUAAUGAGGUGGAUCAUAAUUUUUUUCCUAAGUCGUGUUUUCAAAGUUAUUAAUGUUUUAAUUUAAUCUGUCAUGGAUGUUGGUGUGUUUUGAAUGUAAACCUGCCUUGCUGCAAGUAUCAUGAAGGACCUCGCAAGAAUCAAUGCGAAGAUUUUAUUUAAAAUUUUUGUGAUAAUGAAAUCGUAACAUUAUUACAAAAAUGGAAUAUUUAUGUGGGUAUCACUUUUGCAUUUUCACAUAAAAUAUAUUUUUGUAUAAAACCUGACUUUGACGGCUUAUUAAGGAAUAAAGUUAAGCUGGAGAGACUGAUGGGGUGGCAAAGAGGAGG